CUCUCUCUCUCUCUCUGUCUCUCUCUCUCUCUUCCACCAUGACUGAUUAGAGCUGGGUGCUCUCCAGUAUAAAAUGGCUGCAGCCCAUCACCCCAGGCGGGGCCUUCCAUGCCGGGCUCUGGACGAGGACAUUUAGCCGCACAUCUUCAAAGACUUCUGAGAUCUUGGGCACCAGGAUUAAACGCUAAUCUACGAAGAUAUUUCUCGUCGCCAAAUCCAGAAGCGACAGUCAUGAGUAAUUGCUAUGUGAUCCAUUCACGAUCAGUGCAGCAAAGUCUUAUUACCCAUAAUUAUGGGAGCAAUUAGGCAUUUGCAAUUAAAAUCUAAAAGUGUCCAUUUGAAUUGACCCUUCCACCAUAUUCUCUGCAGUUUUCUUUUUUGACACUCCCUCCGUGUUAAUGUGAUUGGCCUUUCAGCUUCACUAACUCUUUUUAACAAGAUGUAGCACUGGUGUGGCAGGAUGGUGUGUGUGUGUGUGUGGACACAUGGGAGGAGAGACAGGAAUGGGGAAAGAGAAAGACAGCUGAGGUAUAUUAAAGUUGUCAGAAUGUGGCCAGUGAUUGUGGUCAAUAUUUGAACAUUAAGAUGAUGUUUGUUUGACCGAGGUGAAGGACGGGAGUGAAGUAAACCGAAGGCCGCAGGAGGUCCUGAUGAAUAUGGGUGAGUGUGUGUGUGUGCUUGUAUGUUUAUGUAUGAAUGCUUCAGCCUCAUUUUAAUCUGACAAGACUAUCAGUUCAAGACUGGGUAUGUGUGCAUAUUAAGCUGCCAGGGACUGCUGACGGUGAGGAACUGUUCACUGUAUGUGGUCGCAGGUGCCUCUGCAUCCAAGGGAACCGGGAGAGGAAGAAAGAGGAGGAGGAGGGAGAGAGGAAGAGAUGGAGGUAGAUGAGAUGGAGAGGGAGAGUAGGUCAAGAGAUGUAUUGUGCUUAUGGAAGCGUGGCAAACAUGGAGAUAAAGGACAAAGACGCAUGAUAAGGCCUUGGGGCAGGAGGAGGGAUUAAUUGCCCUUGGCACACAAGGCCACUCGAUGAAUUGCCCCGGGCAGUCGACACAGAGGAGGUCUACGAUACGGUGCCGAAGGUGUUACAGUGGAGAGAGGCUGGUGGGAGGUGAGGUUAAUUAAACCCUUCAGUGUGAAACACUCUCAUUCAUUACCUUCAUUACCUUGUUCAUUUAAUCUGCUCUGCUGUUGGCAUUUUAUCACAUUCAGCCUCACUGUAGCGUCAUACAGGUGAUUAGGCUUCAUGUUGUGGACCCCCAGCUGCAGAUGGGGUAACUGAGAGUGAGAGCAGCAGGUCAGAACAGCCACAGCCACUCACAGCAAACAGCAAAAAAAUAAAUUGAGUUCACGCCGGACAUGCAUUUUACUUGAUUUUCCACCCUGGAAUCAGUGGAUUAGUCUUAAAAGUGGAAAAUGAAAACGAUUUUCACUCCCCGUCUCCAGUGAACUGUGCCGAGGCCAAUAUACAGUAAAAGAGUCGAGGAGAACUGCUCAAAACGGGCAUGAGUGCAGAACUGACGGAGCGAACUAAAUUCAGGGACUCGUCUUUAUAACGACCAAAACAAGCCAAAACUUCUCAGCGGUGGUUUUGUUGUCAUGAUGUUUGCUUAAAAUAAACACACAGCCUUCACAUCUGGUACCUGGCACCAGAAGACAAAUUUGCACUUUGAGGGCAUGGCGAAAGCAAGCGAGCGGGCGAAAGGUGGAACAAAAUGGAUUGCAUCAUGACAAAACAUCCCAUUUUCAACUCCAUUAGGUCUCCCUCACAGUCUUGACAGUGUUGUGCUUUUUGCCACUUCACAUGAUUAAUCACGUGUGGAGGCUGCAGCAGAAACACAGGCGCCCGAACUGCAGGCAGCUGAGGCUCCACGCUGGAGAUGACUGAACAAUCACAAGAUACGCUGACAAGUGGAGGAGAGACACACAAAGAAAGAAAGAGAGUCAGGCACUGGAAUAAAGUCUUCGACAACAAAUGGUAGCAAUGUUCUAACAGAGUUUGUGUUUGCGUUUAUCCAGACACAUAACAGUGAAUUUUGUAGACUAAAAGGAGUUUUUUUUUGUGUUUUUUUUAAAAAGGUGGAAUUUUGCACAACAAGAUCUGUUUACAGCUCAUGCAUAUGUGGUGAGAGAAGUCAUGAGAAGCCUUUUGUGGUUUCAAACGGAGCUGCACAAUAUUUGAAAUUGCCUCAAGAGAUGUCACUUGAGUCUACAAGACGACGUGUUUGAAAAUGGAAAAAGAAUCUGGAGGUGUGGAGCUACAACAAAAGCCCACUGCUCCUCAUCUUCACUCAAGGCUAUAGCUCGAGGCUACAUUAACACCUGCUAGCAUUAUACACCCAAAUCUCAGACCAUAUUGUCUGUGGUUGAGUUGCAUUGUGGAUGAUGUAGGUGAAAUGUUUUGGCAAGGAGGUAUUCUCUGGUUCUGCUGCAUUGAUUUUGAGCCUCUUUUUUUUUGGUCUCUAUCCAUCACAAGUGUGAUAAUGUUAGAGGACUGCAAAGCGAAAAGUACUCUUAAUUCAAGCCUCACACUCUUGAGAUGACACCCAGGGUAAGAGCCAAGAACAAGGAGGUGAGGGAUUGAAUCCUCCUCGUUUGCCAUGUUUGUGGAGGUCAGCCUCAGGUCUGAUUUGGAGCACUGCUCAGUGUUGACGUUUUUAGCAUUCACGGACAGUCUGUAACCCCAUGUGUCCUUCCAAACUUCCCCAAUCAUGUCUAAAGCGAAAGUGAUGACUGCACACUACUGUGGACAGCCUGUCCGCCUGGCUGCCCCUCGCCCUCCUCUGGUAUUCUCACUGUUCUCCGUUGUCCUUUUUCCUGCCUCUCUCCUUACUCUCUCUCCUCUCUGAAAGUGAGCCAGUGUACAGAAUGACCUUCAACCACACCCAGAGGGAACAAAAAGGAGGAUAGUAGCAGGAUGGAGGGAAGAACAGGAUAAACAUUGGUGACAAAGAGACAGUGGAAAGAAGAAGAGAAGUGAGGAACAAAUACUACCCCAUGCAAGUGGGGAAAAUGGAAAAUCUCUUCUCUUGGAAGCCAGCGGAGCGCAAAGCUGAAUCUGACAAGAAAGAUGACUCUCCAUCCCCUUUCUCACCAGUCUGAUUAAACCUCUCACUCUAAAAUGAACCCGCCACACUCACAGAGUCGCAGAAAGAGUGGGAGUGGACUUUAACCUUUGUGGAAGGUGCAGACCUUGAAGAAGAAGGUGACAAAAAAAAAAAAUCUCGUCUGCGUUUGACAAAGGCAACAAAAUUAAAUUCUUGAACAAGGAAAGCAGCUAGGCUUCUUUUAAAACUGUCUCCAAAAAGAUUAAUUUUUCUUCUAGAUCUGCCAAGGAAAAAUCCCAAUCCUUCUGUUGAAGUGUGCAGUAAGCUGCUGUAAUGAGUUAAUCUACAACAGAGGAAUGAUUUCCUUGUGUGACUAAGACAGUAAGCAGACAGAAGGAGGACUAAUUAAAGUUGUAACAUCUGCCUUCUGAGCUCUAAAUGUGUCUACAGGCUACGAGCAUCUUUCGCUCUACUUCUUCCGCUCUCAUUUCAAGCCAGAAAGGGUAAAUAAGGUACCAGCCCGCUUCCAAACAAUGCAACUAAUCUUCUGCAAGUGGCAUCAUCACGAUUACCAUAACCAAUGAGUUUACUGUAACUGGGGUGCUUGCAAGUAUUCAUAGCAUCCUCCAGCUCAACUUCCACAGCUGAUGGUGGAGGAGAGGAGGAGAAACUGAGGAGGGGUGGGAGGUCUGGACUUGAGCACGUAACAUGCUUACAAAUUAACACCACGACCAAAAACUCGGACAGCGUGAGUGAGUUUCUCCCUCCGUCCGUCCUCCUCUCCCGUGUUGCACCGCUCUGCCUGCUCUCUCUCAUGAGCCAUCUUCUCGGUCGGAUCGGUCUGCGGGCUCCACUUUAACGAUCCCGCGUCGCUUCGUAUGCAGCCGCUCCACUUCUGACCGACUUCCCCCGGCUGCUCCGCACAGCCGGAGCCCGACCGAGCACCCAGCAGCAGCCCCAGCAGCAUCAGCAUCAGCAGCCCCCUCUUGCACGGCUCUCUACCCCCGCUGCUGUGUCAAAAGAUAAACCCCGACAACAGCAGAAGCCGACACUGCGGGGAGGUGACAGAUCCAGAACCAGAUCCAGAACCAGAUCCGAGCCUCUGCAAUAAACCGCGGAGCCUUUUGGAAAUAUCGGCCACGCCAGAUUUGUACGGAAGAAGAGGGGGGAAAUCUUGAUAAGUGUGGUGCUUUUUGUUUUUUUGUUGUUGUUGUUCCCACAAACUCGUCUCUGCUCGGUGUGGCUGUGGCGGUGACUUUCCCCUCUUGCAGCCUCGAGAUGAGCCUUCCCCUGGAGCCUGACUGUGUACAAACACCCGGACUAAGAGAAUAAGACUUUAUCACGGAGCCCGGCUCAUCAACGCCAAUAAAAGAGACUCUACUGGUCCCCGACAGCGCUUCUAUUUUGGGGGGAGAGAGAAAAAAACACACUACUUGGUGUAAAUCAAGCCAGGAGGAUCGAGCCCAAGUGCAAGACGAAUGGUUUGGGCAUGGUGCCCACGCCCCAGGUGUGCGUAUCAACCCUGGUCACGGUGAGCACGAUGGCAGUGGUGGACCUCUACCUGCUGGAGCAGAGCAUGCUGGGAGCUCGUGGCCUCCCAGGACCUAGUGUGUGGCAGUAUGUGGCAGUGUUGCUAGGUGACGUGGGCUUUCUGCUCGCGCUGCGCUUCGUGUCAGCCGGCGUAGUGUCAGAGGCGCGGUCGCCACGUCGUGGUUUUGCCAACGCCCUCUGGUUCCUGUUCCUGUCUCUGCUCCAGCUCAAGCUGUUCUUCGUCUGUCAUAACUACAGGCAGGAGCGCCGGCCACCUGACCCGCUUGCCAGGAAGACUCUGACGCUGCUGCUGUCCAUCUGCUUACCCUCCCUGUUUCUUAUCCUAACGGGUGCUGACCACAUGACCCCGCAGCGCAGGAAGCAGGAGGUGCGGGGUCGGCUCUUGUGGGUGGUGGUGGACCUGCUGGAUGUGCUGGACCUGCAGGCGGGGCUCUGGGAAGCCCAAGGGGGGGCUGCAGCAGGGACUGGAGGGGUUGUUGAGCAGAGGCUGCCCAUCUGGGCUGAGGGCCUGGUCUUCUUUUACUGCUACGCUCUACUGUUGCUGCUGCCGUGUGUGGCCCUCACAGAGCUGGGGGCCACAAGCCUGCCAGGACAAAGGGGACCCCGUAAGGAGGCUUUGUACCCUUGGCUCAGCUUGGUCACCAUCAAUAUCUUCACAUUGGCCCUGAGGGGUACAGGCAUGCUGUGGUACAGGGACUCUCGUGUGUCCACAGUGUUCCUGGGGAAGAACCUGCUGGCUCUGGCUGUGAAACUGAGCUCAGCCUGGGAGAGACACAAGCAGGAGCGCGCUGCUGCAGGAGCUGGGACUGUGGCUGGAGCAGAACCAGGAGACUCGACCCUGCCAAGCCAGAGUUCAGGGCAGGGAGAGGGCCAGGCCCAGGGGAAAGUCCCUCCCUCUCAUUAUCACACACUGUCUCGCUCCCAGAGCCACACUCUCUCCCACGUCAGCCUGGAGCCCACAGAGACGCCCUUAGGGCCCUCUUUCAUCUCACAUGAACUCUAGAGAGUCACUCUGAACAUGCACGCAUGCACAAAAGCAAGUACCCACACCAAAAACUUUGCCAAGCCAGUAUCACAUCCAAACAGAUAACUUUCAGUGCAUCGGUGAUGGGUAAAAUGCAAAACUGUGGAAAUGCAUUUGGCAAGCUUGGCUUUCUGCACAUUUUGUUGUGCUAAGAAUGAUUUAAAAUGCAUUAUUGUGAUUUGUGGGAGUGUAUUUUUAAAUUGAACACUGUGAACACGUUUAUCAGACUGUAAAGAAUACCCCAGAAAUGUAUGCUGAAGUCUAGUAGUGGUUAAUUCCCUUCUUCAAUCUCAAGAUGUGUUGGAUUUGUUGCAUUGUACUUUGAGGUUUUCUUUCCAGUUUCAUUCUGGCAUUUUGCUACUUCAUGUACAGUCUCUGUUUGUAGGUGAGGAACAACCAUCUGUGGUUUACUUUGAGUUGAGUUCAUGUGGUUUGUGUGUGUGUGGGAAAAUUUUUUAUCAACAAUCGUCUGCCAUUACAUGCCAAAAUACAGAUCUACAUGACCUUCUCUGUCACUUUACAGCGAAUUUUCACAGAGAAACGUGUACUACAGAGGAGUAAUGAUUUAUUUGUCGCUUCAAUACCACAGAGACAUGAUUCAACCACUAAAAAUCACUUGACACAGUGCUCCAAUAUUUCAAUGUAGAGUCUAACCCACUGAGUCCAAACCUUUUUGGCUUGUGGCCCUUUAAAUCAAAGUCUACUCACGAUCCUAAAUUGAAGCUCUUAGAUUUUUCUUAUUCAAUGGGUUUCAGAGACCUAAAGAGACAAAGUGAUCCACUUUUUCACAAUAAAAAAAAGGUUAGAGAAGAGCCAGGAAAACAUAAUAUGUGUAGUGGAUGUUUUCUCCUCAUAUCCUAUCUCUUUAUGUCCUGACCUUCCAGAUUUAUUAUUGCAAACCCCUCGAGGGAUCCCUGCACCAAGUGUCACAGUGAGAGAUUUUCAUUCAAAACCAAAAGAGGAAAACAACAGCUGAUAUUACUUAUUAGUUGUCUGGCAAGAAAUAUUAAUCAGUGAAAUCACUGACUGUGGUGUUUGGUUGGAGUGAAAACCUGCAGACUCAUGGGGCCUCGUGCUCGACCAUCCUUGCCAAACUGUGUUUCUUUUUGUCCUUUACUUGAAUUAAAUGCAAAAUUUUAACAUCAGCUAGAGAUGAUUUUAGACAUUCAUACUCUAAGUUUGACAUAUUUUUCAGAACCACUUUUGCUGUUGAUGUUAAAAUCGUCCAGUAGCAGAUUUAGCACAGCAAAAUGUGCAUAACACAAGAUGCCAGCUAUUUAUGAAAGACCAUAAAUAAGAUCUUUCAGAGGUAGGCCUUACAGAUGGGCAAUAUCCUCUUAAUCCUACAGAACACAAACUACAAUACAGGUCUAUUUUAGUACAUUGUUUACAAAGACAGAAUGAGUAAUCCCUUUACAGUUUAAAAUUUACACAUUUAAAAUUCAUGUUUCGCUGUCUUCGUCGUCUGUGCUUGUCUCAAAUGUCUCAAGAAGUCAAAAAAAAAGUAGAAAAAAACAAAAAAAACUGUCUGGCUUGCCCGUCCAGCCCAAACUCAAAUCCAUUUUUUCACUUCAGAUGAAAGAGAUAAACUUUUUAAUUCCACUUGAAUUAUGGAUGGAGCUUUUCAUUCAAUCAUCUGUUAAACUGUGGCAUCGAGGGAUUAUGAUGGGUCAGGGCAGCAGGUGUAGAGGAUGUACAGUACAGUCAAGUGCCUUGUUUCCUCAUGGAGCUUACGAGCCUCAGAGGCGUCAUGAGGUGGACACAUUAUGUGUACCAUGCAGGACUUGACAUAUUAUCAUGUGUAUACUGUGAAGUUAUUCCACAGCUGUUGUCAGCUACACCUCCAGGACAGACCGCAAACUAAUAAAGUGUUUCAUACUCGCCUAGUGUUGACACUUCAAUGGCUAUUAUGUAGGAGCAUUAUCGGCAGCCUGUCACCCACAUAUAGAGAAAAAACUGGAAGAGUCAGGCCAGAUUAUUCAAGACCAGGAGGCCUUAGGGACAAAUAACUGCCCUAGACUCUCAAAACCUCCAUUAUAUUGAAGUCAAUCAACUCCUAUUCUGCAGUCACAGAAAAUUGCUGUGUUUUUAUGUUUUUCUUACACUAGAAACUGGUGAUGUAAAUGGAAGCCCUACCGCAUAUUCAAGCUAUAAAACGUCCGCUCUUUGCUUCACGGAGCGUCACACGGACAAAAGGCCGUCAUUUAUCACAAUUAUGCCAGCGGCCCCAUCAGCUCAGAUCCUCUCGCAGUAAUCCUUGAGUGUGCUGUCGUGUUGUCUGCCUUUAAUGCUGAAAGAGAGGGAAGUCUUGAUGUGAUGGCGUGUGCAUGUCAAGAGUUGUGUUAAGUGCAUGUGUGUGACGUCUGUCAGAAGCUCACAGUGGCCAUGAAUGCACCCGUUGGCCUCUCCUUUGAGCUUUAAUGGUCCUGUUAAUUUAAAUUGAAGCAAUUUGUCAAAAUGCAACCACAUAUUCUCAUUGCUUUAUGCUUGAUUUACAGGCUAUAUUCACGGGAUCUAUUAAGACUAAUGUACACAUCAGCCACAAAAGAGAAAUUCAGUUAAAGUUUCAGUGGGGGAUUUCUCUCUAGUUCAGAGAGACUUUUAAGGAAAAACCACAGAAGGAUAACCAGAGUAGUAGACAGCAUCCAACCCUACCCUUUUUCUUUCAUCUCCUCCUCUCUGCGCACUCUACAUUUCAAACACACGCAUAUUCUGGAUGCACUCCCUGUUGGGCAACUUCUCAUAUUUCUAUUAUACUAAAAGCAGAGACUGCAUAGCCAGCCUCUGCAAAUGACUACCUCCUACAAUUUGUUACACCUGUUAAGCUGUAGAUACAAUGCUCAGCAUUUUCCACCGACUCUCAUAACCUGCUCCUGAAAGAAAGGUGCAUGAGCCGCUCUCCUAGUUUCUUUCGUCUUUUUGGCGCUCUCUCUCCACUCCUCUCUAUUCUUCCCCUCCAUUCGCCUGUGCUAAUUUCACUCCAGCCUGUAAUUAUUCUCCUGUACCAAAGCUGUCAGUUUCCCUUUUUUGUCUCCCGUUCCUUCUUUUAUUUCUCUCGUUUGUUUAAAUUUGCCCCGCAGCCGACAGGCAGCCUACCUCUCUGCACUUCCCCUGUCAAGGGUGGUUAGUCAGAGAUGAGAAAAAAAAAAUAAAAAUAAACGAGGAGGAGAAGCUGGCUAAGAUUAAAGGACCGGGGCCACUGCCUGAAGCAGAGCGGCUGCCGACUGCCAUUUAUUUAUCGUUUGCUACACACGGUGUGAGCUUGAUGAAGCACGGGAGCCAAGAGAGACAAACACCCACACAACAUGCCGCCCUGACAACAAUGACAUCCCAAACAGUCCAAAAGGAGGCACCUUUAGACAAACAUAUGGCUUUGUUUUGCACGGAUGAGCACUUGGCUACAAUCCAUCUCACCUCAUUACCCCAGACGCAGCGACAGCUACAGUAUGCCUACAGGCUCACACCCACCUUGUCUAGUAGAAAGAGCCACGUUUAACAGACAGAUGUCUAAAUCAUUCAUCACAGCACACACUAGCAGCAUCACAGCUUUGGGAGAGAACUUCAAAGUAUAUUCUAUGAGAAAGAAAUGAUGCAAAAGACUCUGAGACUCUUCUCAUAUGCAAUGCAAUACUGGCCAUACUAAUGCUGGUCUCAGAUGUCUGGGUUACAUCAGGACAACAGAAGAGAUAACCACUAGUGAACCUGGGUUAAGCGUCGAUAAGUCGGUUAGCUGAUUGACAGAAAUGAAUCGUUUACUAUGUUGGGCUAGAACUUAAUCGUGAAGGAAGACAUUUGUCAAACUCAGUUUCUGGUUCCAGGUUCACAAACUCUCCUUUUCUCUGUUUUAUAUUGUUGUUAAUUGGAGGUGUGUAGGAGAUCUAUGAACAAAUCCUUCACAACAAAUCAACAACAAUCAACGAUGUCACUGAAUGAAUCAGUGGUUUUAAGCAGUGGAGCGCCACUUCCUGGUGACUGAGCGCCGCGCUGUCAGCCCAGCUGUGAUUCACAGUACGUUACUUCCUCGUUAAAGGCCUAUUAACACAGCGAAAGCCACAGAAAUAAUCAUAAUUUGAUAACUCUGCACUAUUAACCUUUAUGUACAGUGCUUUUACGAGCUCGUUUUGGACUGAGCUGAACUUAGCAACAGACUGGACGUACAACUGAGCUGAAGACAGCUGGAAUCAGGCCUGAACAUUGCAGCCACAUGAACAGUGAUGAGUUCACUUACUGUUGUGUGUACUGAAGUGGGUCUGAACAGUGAUGUGACUGCUUAGCUAACGAAAAAACUACAAAUCUUUGAGCUGAACAAAAAGAUUUGCAUCGCAAGGUGUUUUUUAACUCUUUUAAACUGAACAGAAGCAGACGUUUUUUACUUAAAGUGAGAAAAUGUAACAAUGCCGCAGUGUACGAGUAGUAUAGUGGAGAAUAAAUACGAAUCUGAAAUGUACCACAACAUGGAAUGACUCAAAGUACAAGUACCUCUAAAUUAGGAACAGUACUUGGCUACUUUCCACCACUGAAAUGAAAUAUGUUUUUAAUCAGACUGCAAUUUGAAGAUGGCACUUUGGGCUCUGGGGUAUGUGAGUGGCUAUUUGUUACAAUUUUCUGACAUU